AUGACAGAAGAGAACCAAACUGUGAUCACCCAAUUUCUCCUCCUGGGCCUGCCCAUUCCCCCAGAGCACCAGCACCUGUUCUACGCCCUGUUCCUGGCCAUGUACCUCACCACCGUCCUGGGGAACCUCAUCAUCAUCAUUCUCAUUUAUCUGGACUCCCAUCUCCACACACCCAUGUACUUGUUUCUCAGCAACUUGUCCUUCUCUGACCUCUGCUUUUCCUCUGUCACAAUGCCCAAAUUGCUGCAGAACAUGCAGAGCCAAGUUCCAUCCAUCCCCUAUGCAGGAUGCCUGGCACAACUAUACUUUUACCUGUAUUUUGCAGACCUUGAGAGCUUCCUCCUUGUGGCCAUGGCCUAUGACCGCUAUGUGGCCAUCUGCUUCCCCCUUCAUUACAUGAGCAUCAUGAGCCCCAAGCUCUGCUUGAGUCUGGUGCUGCUGUCCUGGGUACUGACCACCUUCCAUGCCAUGCUGCACACCCUGCUCAUGGCCAGAUUGUCAUUCUGUGAGGACAAUGUGAUCCCCCACUUUUUCUGUGACAUAUCUCCUUUGCUGAAGCUGUCCUGCUCUGACACCCAUGUUAAUGAGUUGGUGAUAUUUGUCAUGGGAGGGCUCGUUAUUGUCAUUCCAUUCCUACUCAUCGUUGUGUCCUAUGCACGAGUUGUCACUUCCAUUCUUAAGGUCCCUUCUGUUCGAGGCAUCCACAAAGUCUUCUCCACUUGUGGGUCUCAUCUUUCUGUGGUGUCACUAUUCUAUGGGACAAUCAUUGGUCUCUAUUUAUGUCCAACAGCUAAUAACUCUACUGUGAAGGAGACUGUCAUGGCCAUGAUGUAUACAGUGGUGACUCCCAUGCUGAACCCCUUCAUCUACAGUCUGAGGAACAGAGACAUGAAGGGGGCUCUCGCAAGAGUCCUUUUUAAAAAGAAAAUUACAUUCUGUCUGUGAUGGUUGCACUUUAUAAAAUUUGAAAUUUUUCACUG